AGACACAACCAGAUCCUCUCUCCUUAUAAUCCUCCUCUUGUAUACUAGACACAACCAGAUCCUCUCUCCUUAUAAACUCUCUUUUGUGUGUAUUACUUACCGUUACUCUUGUGUCUUUCUAAACAUUCUCAACAAUUUCAAUCUACCCUAUCGACUUUUGAUGCCGUCUCCGCAACUGUUGAAACCGUGGCGUCGAUCUGUGAUGGUCUCAUCGGAAGUUUGACCACCACCGGAUUUGCAGCGAAAUUUAGUGUUUUGCGAUCUGGGUUGUGAAAUUGGUGUGAUGUCACGUAACCUGGGGAAGACUCGCGAUCAUCGGUUGAGUCUGUGUUGAUUAAGCCACGGAAUUGCGCGUGAUGUGAAUUGGCAGCCAGGUGGGGUGGCUUGGGGUGUACACCACCGCUUGGGUUUUUUUCUGGGUUGCGUGGCGUCUCCAGGGGUGGAUCUGUUUGCUUCUGGAAGCGAUCCAGUUUUGCUUCAUUGAGAUAUCUGCGAGCGUUUUGGAGGUAUUGUGGAUUUUUUGAUUUUAGGGUUUCGGUCUUUGCCGAGCUGAUUUGCGAGAGUGGAAUUCGAUCAAAACCAUGGGGAUUACUUCGCCGCCUACAGAGGAUUCUGGUGGAGGAGGAGGAGAAUUGUCUGAACCGAUGCCUUUCAAGUUCGUGGCGUGGGCGGGAUCUGCCGACGCGAGUUUUUGGCACCGGCUUGCAGAUUUCAAGCUUGAUACGCAGAAACUUACCGAGGUGCCCAUUAGCAUUUCGGGUUUUUUUGCACCCUGCAACCAGCCACAUGCCCCGUCGUACUUACAGCUGAUGAUGGAAUCUUUACCGCUGGAUACCGGCGCCAGCAAUGAACCCACAGAAGUCCCUUACAAUCGAAAUCGCCUCCCAGUACCGGGAAUGCUGUAUAACACGAACACUCUCGAGUCCUACAAUGCUCUCGACAAGCCGGCACUGUUGAGAGCCACUGCAGACCAGAUAUGGGAUGAUAUCAAAUCUGGCAGGGCAGAGGAAGACACCAGUCUUCUGAGCAGGUUUCUCGUUGUUUCAUACGCUGAUCUGAAGAAGUGGACUUUCACUUAUAGGUUCGCUUUUCCAGGGUUGAGAAUGUCACCACAAGCAACUGCUGCUGCUUGUCAGGCUGCUCGUGAUUUUUUCUCUAAAGAUGAGAUUGCAGGAGUGUUGGCGGCAUGCACCGAAUGGCGAGCUUUGCCAUCUGGUGCAAGUUUAACCUCGUUCUUGAUCAAUAUAACACCUGAUGGCAGUAUAAAAUCACAAUCUUUGAAGGAAUGGCACACUGCUCAACAAGAAGGUGGAAAGAUCGUUUUAACGUUUUAUGAUCCUUCAAAUCUUCCGGCGAAUCCCGGGUGGCCGCUUCGUAAUCUGCUCGCUUUGGCAAGUGUCAGAUGGGGGGUCUCACGCCUGCAAGUCCUGUGCUAUCGAGAGAACAGGAGUGGUCAACUAGAUCUCGAACACUCGCCAGUGCUCGACAUCAUCCUGCCUGCUAAGAUAGAGUGGAUGGAACCAGUAGGCUGGGAGCUUAAUGCUAGAGGCGGUAAAGGCUCUAAGUUUGUUGAUCUCGGUCAAUCCAUGGAUCCUCUCAAGUUGGCUGAGUCUGCAGCCGAUUUGAACUUGAAAUUGAUGAGAUGGCGAUUGCUUCCAUCUCUUGAUUUACCUCGGAUGGCUUCCACGAAGUGCCUGUUAUUAGGAGCUGGUACUCUUGGUUGUCAAGUUGCACGUACGCUGAUGGCGUGGGGUAUGCGGCAUAUUACACUGGUGGAUUAUGGAAGAGUUGCUUUUUCGAAUCCUUUGAGGCAGUCGCUGUUUACCCACGAAGAUAGCCUGCAUAACGGAAAGCCAAAGGCUGAAGCGGCUGCCGAGAAUUUGAAGCGAAUCUUCCCUGGUGUGAAUGCUGUAGGAGUGCAGAUGUCGAUCCCCAUGCCUGGCCACUCUGUUGGCAAAAAUGAAAUUGCGGGGGUGGUUGAAGAUUGUCGGCGACUAAAAGAGCUUGUGGACACGCAUGACGUGGUGUUCCUACUCACAGACACUCGUGAAAGUCGAUGGUUGCCCACUCUUUUGUGUGCCGAUGCAAACAAGGUGGCAAUCAAUGCUGCGUUAGGCUUUGACACGUACCUAGUCAUGCGCCAUGGGGCAGCUCCUUCACUUGAUUCUAACAGCAGCUCCGAUGGACAACCUAGACUGGGUUGCUACUUUUGUAAUGAUGUUGUUGCUCCAUUGGACUCUACAGCAAACAGGACACUUGAUCAGCAGUGUACAGUGACAAGGCCAGGUCUAGCUCCCAUUGCUGCUUCUCUCGCCGUUGAGUUAGCAGUGGCCCUUCUUCAUCAUCCCCUAGGGGUGUCAGCUCCUGGUGACCAAGCCACUUCUCUAACAGAUAACACUGAGCACCCAUUGGGGAUUAUGCCACAUCAAGUGAGAGGUUUUAUUGCUCAUUACGCCCAGUUGGUAGUGACGGGUCAAGCAUUUGACAAAUGCACAGCCUGCUCUGCUUCUGUCGUGAGAGAAUUCAGGGAAAAAGGCGUAGAGUUUAUUCUGGAGGUUCUGAAUCGCCCUAAUUACUUGGAAGAUUUGACAGGGCUGACGGAGCUACUCAGAAUUACUGAUGAUGAACCCCUGGUCUGGGACGACGAUGCAGACUUUUGAGGUGCCUUCGUGGAGAUGUAGUGUUCCAAUUGACUAGAAUUGGAAGCAAUCGGCUAGAAUUUAGUCGAUGGUUUCGUCUUCGUGUGUAAUCAGUUGAUUUUUUAAUUAAUGUACAACAUUUGUUGCUACUUCGUCACAA